CCGCUUUAUCGAAGGCCAUGGAGGCCAAUGAGAAGCAGAUCAAGGAAAUGCAGGCAGAACUCGAGCCAUGGAAGAAAGCAAACCUCAAUAGAGGAGGUUAUGGGAGUCACCCCUAUGGAUGGAACAAUCGCGGGAGCGAUGCGUCAAAUAAAGGGGGCAAUGGGAAGAAGGGCGAAGGCAAGAAUAAGUUUGAUAAGAAUAACUCAGAAAAAGGGAAAGAUGGCAAAAAGGGGAAGGGCAAAGCCAAGACUCCUCAAGCUUGCUUUGACAACCUCUGGGGGAUGUGUUCUAAUCCCAGUUGCAGUCACCCUCAUUACAUCCCUACUAAAGAUGAGUUUGAAGCUAUGAAAAACAGCAGGCUGUCGUGGGCGGUCAAGGGCCUCAACUAUGAGGACCUUCCGGCUGCGUAAAGCUGGGUCAUGUGACGAAGGAUGAUAGUUGGUUUAUGGUCUUCAUAUGCUUCUUUUCAACAAGCUAAUGAAGUUGGUUUUUUUUUUGACAAAUAGUUACUCAAGGACUUCACACAAUAGUUUCCCCAACAUCUUCCGAAUAAUUUUUCAAGUCAAUAAUUUCGUCUUCACUUGUCAGCCAAACGAUUAACAAGUCACAUGCUCGCUGUUAGUCAAUCCAGGUUGUUCGAUUUUAAGUUAUCAAAAGGUUCGACAUGGUCACGAGAGUCCACAAAUUUUGGCUCUAAGAAAAGUUGGAC